UCAAAAUAAAUCAAAUAAUGCCAAAAAGUAAAUUUAAUAAGGAAUCACAUAAGUUGUUUUUGUUGGGUGGUACUCUGAAUCACAUUCACCAUACAAGUGACGCACGAAGCAUCCGAUUCUCCUCAACUCAAUCUUCUUUCUAGAACAUUUUUUGUGGUUUUCAGAACGUGAGCCUUUUCAGUAAAGGAUGGAAGCAAGCAGAGGACAGAAUGGAAUUCAACUCUUGCUAGCUGCGGAGCAAGAAGCACAACACAUUGUUAAUGCAGCCAAAAAUGCCAAGAUGGCUAGACUGAGACAAGCAAAAGAAGAGGCUGAGCGGGAGAUUUCUGAGUUUCGUACGCAAAUGGAAGCUGAAUUCCAGAGGAAACUUGCAGAGAGUAGCGGGGACUCUGGUGCUAAUGUGAAGCGUCUUGAAGAAGAAACUGAAGCGAAAAUCAAUGAGCUGAAGACACAAUCUUCCAAUAUCUCUCCCGAAAUUGUUCAGAUGCUGUUGAAAUAUGUCACAACUGUGAAGAACUGAAAUUUUUUAUUCGAGAGCGUGAGAUGCGUUUAAUGCCUCUCUUCAAUAACCAUGUUCGGCGAAACGUUUCCUCAUAUGAGACAUUGAGAUGGUUGAUUUCAUUUGUAAUUGAUUGUAUUUGUUUCUUUAGUUCUGCUUUGCAAUGGUUGGUCAUAUAUUGAACAGAUGAAGAUCUGCUAUUUAAAAUAAAUGUCUGAAUUUUGGACAAAUGUAUUAUUUGAUACAUUUAGUAGUUUGUAAAGAACUUAUUUUUAUGUAUUUUACUUUGUCAUUGUUUAGUCAA